GCCAAAGGUGUCACUCUGAUAGCGACACUGACUUUGGUCGGCUACUACUUCCGUCGCAGGAGAGCCCUCGCCACUUCCCUGGGGUUAAUUGGCUGCAGUGCUGGUGUUGUCGCGGUUCCGCCCCUGGUUCGCUACCUCAGAGAGGAGUACGGCUUCCGUGGCUGCUUCGCCCUCGUAGCUGGAUUCGAGGUACUAACAUGCACAUAGAAGUGAAGUUCUAAAACACAUUUACUUAUAUUAUCACUUGAAUAACGCUAGAAAUUUCAGUUCAAUAUUUCCUAUCUAGACAGUAAGUAGGUAAAUCUCAUCGGGUCGUCAAUGUAAAGGUAAUAAUUAACUUUAUAGGUUAAAUUUAGUUCAGAGACACUUGGUGAGUCAUAUGCCUUGUUUGCUAAUAAUUUCUCCUGAAUGUGAUUAAUCAAAUUUUAAUCAAAUUGUAAUAAAGUGUUUUCUGGGCGUUUUCUUUAAUACCGGCAUCUAUUGUUAAUGAAUGCACUCAAAAUGCAUUUAAAUCAUUUCUCAAGCAUAUCUGAGAAAAAAAUAUUUCCCAUUUACACAUGAAGACAUGUCACUGGUCGCUCGUCCAAUUAUUUUAUACACAUUAAUUAACAUUAAAACAUACUUUGAAACCUAAUUGUUAUUUUUUCCCAUCUCACAUAAGCUCCACGCCAUUAUUGCGACGGUCCUCCAACGACCCAUCAGCAGCUACACCAAACGAAAGAGACAAGGACGUGAGAAAGGUGCCCCAGAAAGCGGGCCAUUGCUGGCUUCUGCUCCAUCUGACCAAACACGUUUUCAUCCUCAGCUGGGUAGUGUUAGUCGUGGUGGGUUAGAACUAAACAGUACCGCUGAAACCAACUCAAAUCCUGGGAUUAUCCGUUCCUGCAAAAGUUCAGAGGCGGAGACAAAUUUUCAUUCAAAUCAAAGAGAGGUAUUGUCAAAAUACGUGGACUUUGGAAAUGACAAGAAAGACCAUUUGACUAGUCUUCAACGGGAAUCAUGUAAUUAUGAAGACAGACUUCUUCCAGCAGAAGAAGUGUCUAGUUUAGAG